AUGAAAUAAGUGUAUCUCUCAUCUGAUCAAAUUAUUUAACUUUUUGGAUCAGGAUAACUGAAAUAUACAGAAGAAAAUGAAGAGACAGAAUCUGAGAAUGUUGUUCUGAGUAAGUUUCUUUUUUUCACUGUUUUUUAGUUUCUUAAAUGGAAUACUAAAAUUUAUAAAAGCAAUUAGAAAGAAAAAUAGAUUUGAAAGAAGAUUAUAAUGAAUAGAUAAAGAAUUUAAAUAUAGAGAUAUAAAAAAUAUAAGAUGAAUUAGAUUUAAUGAAACAUUAAAGAGAAUUGAUAAACUCUAGAGAUUGUAUGAGUAGAUUAAAUUUACAUUUAAAGCUUUACUUCAUAGUUUGAGAUAAUAGUUCCAGGAAGCCAAUUAAAGAGAACAUAGAACAAUAUUAGAAUUGUCUAAAAUAAAGGAGUAGCAAUUGUAGUUAAAAUAAUAAUUUGAUUUCAUAUAGGAAAAAUAUAAUAAUCUAAAGAAGUUAAACAAAUUGGAAUUAGACAAAAAAGAUAAAUAGAUCGAAUAACUUAAAUAAUCUAUAUACUAGUUGAAUAUGGAAAAUGAUAAAAUUAAAUAAAAUAGAAUCAUUAAAAAAUAGAUUACUUAAAUAUCAUUAAAAAGCAAUUGUAAUAUUGCACUUAGAAAAAGAACAAAUUAAUGA